CAGAGCUUCAAGAAUAAGCCUGAAUAAGAACUUACGUAGGAACAGAGGUAGAGAUAGGAGGAGGAAUUUGGGAGAGAACAUGGGUUGGACGGCAAAUGGGUAAUGUGUUUGUGGGGGAUAGUAGGUAUAAGACAGAUAUGUUCUUAAGGUUUAAAGAGAGUCAAUCAGAGUAUCGAUACUCGAAGUUCAUCAGAAGAAGAGGUAGAACAUUUAUCCAAAACUUAUUUCCUCCUUCAAGGUAUUAAGCUUUAGCUGUGCAUUCCAACAAGUGCUAGCAUGAUAUUACUUAAUCCAGAUGGAGAGCCACCUUUGGAAAUAUGUAAUGGUUAGCCUCUUUGUCAUACUUAUGAUGCUGAUUUAUUUCCUUCAAAGCCAAACUAUUCAAAUUAGGCAAUAUGUCCUAAUGCUACAAAUAAUAUUACUGGCUGUGAUUACUACUAGGGAUCAGACAGAAGGAGAUACUGAUGACCUUCGAGUUUAUUUUGGCACUUUCAUUAAUUUCAUCUCUUUUGGAAUGAGCUGGAUCGAGUAUUUUGUAUUUUCAAUUAUGCUUAAUAUUUGAAGAUGCCUAUUCAAAGGAUUUCCUCUAUACUUCCUCAUAUAUACACAAUGGUUUUAUCUCUCAAUCUCAUGUACAGUGUUUGCGUUCGGAGAGAGAGCUUUCAAAGAAUGCUGGGUUCUAUGUGAUUCUCAUAAAUAAGUCUUUUGAUAUUUUCAGAGGCCUUUUUGAAUCAAAUCCAAGUCCAUCUUUUAUUUUGGAUAAAAAUGGCAAGAUCCUAUACACUAAUAAAGCCGGAGUGUCUAUUAUUGACAAGAGAUAUACCAAAGUUAGAAAUAAAAAUGCCUUGCAGAAUAUAUUUUCAUUAGUUCAUGAAACAUCAAAAGAAAAGCUUGAGACUGUGAUCAAAUCUGUGCUAAGUAAUGAAGAAUCUAUAAAAGAUGAAAGCCCGUUCAUUGCAUUUCUUCAGAAUUUAGACCCUGAUGGUGAAAAUGAAACAGGUGGCGAUGACAUUACUCCACUUAUUCAGGCUGAUCAAGUUGUAUAUUAUUUAGCAAAAGUAAGACUUUGCUCUUGGAAGUCAAGUAGUUGCUUAGUUCUUUCUCUAGAAAAUUCCAUGGGUGAGCUUAUUAAAAAUAAAAUCCUUAACUGCCAUGCUACUCUUAUUAUGUCUUUGGCUGAUAGUGUAUCUAAAGAUCUGGAUGCCAUGGAGAUAAGAGCCUCUAGUGGAAAGCUUAUCCCUUUAAGUCAAUGGGCUGGAGUUAUGCGUUUGUCACAUCAGCUAAGGACUCAUUUCCAAAACAUGAAUACCAUCCUGAGUGCAGCUCAUGGAGGUAAUGAUAACAAAGUUGAAGAGUUCAUCUUGACAGAUGAAAUAAGAGAUUUGUCCAAUCAGGUUGCGCUAUCUCUCACUGAACAUGAGUUUGAUGUCAACUUAUCUUAUGAAGGUGGGAUUCCUGAAAGUGUAUUUGGAAAUCUCCCUCGGUUUAAGCAGAUAAUAUCUAUCUUGUUUACCACCGGCCAGAAGCAAGCAACUGCAGAUAAUCCAAUGGCUUGUAAUCUGAAGUUCCUAAGAAUGGAUCACCAGAAAUAACUGAAUUAUUGGUAUUGAAAUUAGUUUUCCUAAAGGACAAAGUUUACAGGUUGAGAAGCUCAACAAGAUUUUUAUGAACACUUCCUUAGGAUCUGAUUUCUUCCUCCAGUUUAAAGAAGAACUCCAGGAAUAUGAUCUAGGCUUGUUCGUAUUAGGCAAGCUUACUGAAGAAGAUGGAGGUAGCAUUCGUGCAGGUGAAAUCGAAGAAGAUACAAUAAUCAUUUGGCUUGAAAUGUCCUUUAGUUUUCUGAACAGAGGAAUAUCACAGGGGGUGGAAAUGAUUAAUCAUCCGGCUAAUCCAGCUCAAUGACCUCAAAAAUUUACUGAAGAUGAUAAGCAGGUGGCUAAUAUUGAUAAAAAUGUUAGUCCAAUAAGUGGAGAGGCAGGGUUUAGUAAUCCUGUUAGUGAAUCUAGCUCUUCACCAACAAAAAGAAAAUUCUCAAUACAGAAAAGCUGUAGAACUUAUGUAAAUCUUACUAAUGCUAUGAAUUGCUCAAAAGGAACGCCUAAACCUUUGAAUACAAACCACCGAUAUAGUGGCUCUUCAAAUAUCAAAAAGAAAGUAAAUAUAGCAAGAAAGCUUACUAACCAAAACCAACUCUCUGAUGGUAAAAUGAAGUUCUAUGAGGCUCCUGCUUCUUAUAAAAAGCUGAAAAAAUCACGACUAUUAAACAUGAGGAACUUUAAAACAGACAUGCAUGACUUAGAAUCCAAGGUAAAGGUUGCUUUAAGGUCUCACCGUAACUCAAACCCUAUGAAAAAUCAUAACCAGAUAUUCCAGGUUCCUAUUGAAGAAGCCAAGAAUUUGUACUCAGAGUCCUACGAUGUGAUGGAGUACGAGGAAGAAGGAGGAGAAAGCGAGACUGAUGAAGAAAUUGAAUCGGGAAAAUUACAAAUGCUUGUCCAAAACCACAAACCAGCUUAUACAACAACAUACUGUUGUGAAGAAUGCGCCCGGACCUCAGAAAAUGAACUUUCAGACAUAGGCAGGCUUGACAGAUGUGAUAAACUUAUGUACAGGAUGGGCGAAACUCAUCAAAAUAUACAAUCCUUUGAAAGUGACAAUUCAAUGAAUGAGUCUGAUGGAAAUACAAGAACUGUUAAUUAUGAAAUACAGAUGCCAAAAGUGUCAAGGUAUUCAAUAACACAAAGGAACGAAAGGCAUACAGGAGAUGAGACUGUGUUACCGAAAAGGUCCCAUAGCCCAGCUUGAAUAGUGAUGCCUUCUAAGAAGAUAUUUACUAGAAGAAAACAAUCCCAGAUUGAUGUUAAUGGUCCAAACUUACAUAAUAUUGAAGUAUUACAAACUCUCAGAGUUCCAAAACAUGCUCUUGAGUAUGACUUAGGCAACGGUGAUUGUGAAGAAGGAAGUGAAAGACUUAAUGAUAAUUUCUCAAAAUACAGCGUUGGGGUUACUGAAAAUUAUGGCUACUUCAGUUAUCGUAAAGAUUAUCAAAACAUUGAGAAUCCUAGUAGCAGAUCUAAAUCCAGGAUUCCUCGAUAUUAUCGGACAAAGAGAACUAUCGAAAUACAGCUGCUCCUGAAAGAUUUAGAUUGUAUGGAAGUAAAAGAACAAUGGAGCUUUGAAAAUUAGUGACUAAAAGAAAAUCAACUGUUGAAAAGUUACUUUGUUUUAA